UCCCGCGCCGCCGCGGCCGUUGCGCCCCGAGCCGCUGUCGCCGCUCAGUUGGCGACAUGGCGCGGCCGCUGGCGCUCCUGCUGCUGCUGCCCGUCCUCCUCGCCGGGCUCCUCUCGUGUCCCGGAGCCAUGGCCAGCUACCCGCCCAACUGCGCCCAGUAUGGGAAGUAUAUGUGUCCAAGGGACUACCAUCCAGUUUGUGGCACUGAUGGGGAGACCUAUGGAAACGAGUGUGUGCUCUGCCUUGCUAACAGGGAAGAUCAUACACAUAUAGAAAUUCUCCGAGAGGGACAUUGCUGAUAUGACAGAUGGCCACUUUUCAAGAAAAUAAGAGGGUCACAGACAAUCCAAAUGGAAACAAUGCCUUAACUGUUCCUUCUGUGUAGCCUGUCUUAAUAAACAAACUUGCAUAUUUAAA